AGAGAGAGGGUGAGUGUAUGCUGGGUGAGAGAGGACAGAGAGGCAGCUGGAGAGAUAGAGGGAGACGAUAGAGUGGGAGUGAUAGAGUACCAGAGUGCUAGAUAAUGGAGGUGCAGUCGGAGUGCAUGGAGCCUCCUGCGGCCCAAACGUGUGACCCCCAGCCCACAGGGAAGAUCAACAAAGCCGCCUUCAAGCUCUUUGGGAAGCGACGCACUGGCUCCGGUAUGGCCAGCUUUUUCUCCUUCAGGAACAAAGGAGCCACCAAUAACGGGAACAACGGGAAUUCCGAGAGCGGGAAUUCUGUGAAUGGGAACGGCUCAGCGGCAUCAGUAGAGCUCAUUAGGAGUAAAACGCAUGAUGGGCUAACGGGCACUAACAACGAUGCUGACGGACAGAGAGGGGAGGGGCUGGGAGGCCAGGAGGCAGGACCGGUAAGGUCUCUCAGCAAAUCACUGAGCUUCUUUUCUCUGCUCCGACGUGGGAGUUUGAGGGCGAGUGAGAACGGAGGGGCGGGGCUUGCCAGGAGAGGGAGGGGCCUGAAAGGCUUGUUCAGCAGCAUGCGGUGGAGACGAAAGGAUAAAACAAACGAAGGAGAGGGGGAGGUGGUGGAGGGGAGGCAGGCCAGGGAUGGGGAUGUCGCGCCCCCGGAUGAGGUAAAGGAUAUUACUCUUACCCUUGAGCCUCCUCCACACCAGCAUCAGGAGGAUCAUGGGAAUUCGGAGGCAGAACCCAACCUCCAGGCGGUGGAAACUCCCACUGCCAGCGUUACCAUGACACCCCCACACUGUGUUGCCAUGCCAGGGGCAUCUGGUGAGUCGGACUCUGUCUUUCCUUUCACACCCACCGACUCUCCACUGCACCCUCCCAUCUCCAAAGCCAAAGCCUCAAUUUCCAGCCUCACUCCGUCUCUCGCCACACCCCCUUUGGAUCGCUGCAGCGUCGCUGACCCGCCCUCAGAACCUUCCGUAGACCGCCUCUGUUCCCUCCUUUUCAAUGAUGUCACAUCCCUCAAGAGCUUUGACUCGCUGACAGGCUGCGGUGACAUUAUUGCUGAUGCGGAGGAGGAGGGACCAGUGGGCAACGGGGGCAGCGGCACCAGCAGCAGUAGCAGUGGAGGAGGAGGUGGGACCGUAGAAGUGGGAGGUGGGAAAGGUACGGGGAUCAUCAGCGCCACGCCUCAGCGGUCCCCAUCCAAACCUCCUUUGCCUUCCCAGUUGACCCAGCCUAUGUUCUCUGCUGUCCCCAGCUCGGUGCCUGCUUCCCUCCCUGCCAGGGCUCGGGUGCCACCUCCACCACAGCAACACCCAGCAGGCAGCGGGGUGGUGGCCUAUAUGGGUGGAGGAGAGGAAAUGGCAAGCCCAGAAGGAGUGGACGAUGCAGACAUGCAGGGGCUCUGGCACAUGCUUCCCUCCAUGGGGGACAACUCCCCCGCCCUGCCUCGAUCUCACCAACCCACCACCACCACCCCCACUGUCACCCAUCCUCCUCGCUCCACCACCAACGUCCCUGGCAGCCACCACACCUCAGGCCCUAGAGGUGCAGAGAGGAAGGUCCCCCAGGUUAAAGCACUAGGGCUCAGUAAGAUACCUGUUGUUGGGGUGUCAGGUGCCCGGGCAGCAAAACCCCCUCUCCCUCACACACAUGCCCGUCAUCCCACAUCACCCAGUGAAAAGGAACCACUCAGUGAUGAAGGCUACUGGGACACACCCUCAGCAACACCCACGGCGACGCCUGAUGAGGGUGGGUUGCAGCGGAACCAAAAACUUGCCCUGUCUCGAGAUAGUUGCUCCGGUGACCACCUCUACGACCUCUACAAUGACCCUGAAGAUGAAGGAGAGGAUGAAGAGCAAGAGGAACGUGAGGAUCUAACCAGUACUCCUUCUCCCACCACUGAAAACAAACUGAGCCCAUCCUCCCAAACCACCCCUCCCUCCUUAUCCUCCUCAUCCUCCUUCCGAUCCAUGAAAGGCAGCACCAGCCUUCCCCGAGAAUCCAAGAUCCCAGUCAGUACCAGACAGACCACACCCCCACACUCUGCAAGCCAGUCAUCUCUGUCAUCUGUCCUGGAAAGCAGUGCCCCUCCGCCAAAGACUGAAGCGCCCCCACCGGCUCGCACUAGAAUCCCUGUUUCCAAGGUGCCCGUCCGUCGCUCUGGAAACAAACCUGGCAACACAACCAGAGGACCCACGCACAGGAAGUAGUUUCCAUCAAAGGGGCAGUUUUUCUCCUACUAACUCGUGUACUUGAGUGUAUAUCACUACAGUGCUGUUUAUGUGGAGCCAAAAGUUUUCCCAGGCCAAGAAAAAUGUUGAGCUGUAGAGUUAACAGCCUAUAAAUUCCUCUUGAAUCUUAAAAGCUCUCAUUCCUGAAGUGUUUUGGCUUACAACAUGCUCUGGGAUAGAAUCAACGGCUUUGUCCGCUCAAGAAAGUCACGAGGAGACUCCAAAAGCUGGGUUCAGACUUCACAGCCCACACUGGAACUUGGGAGGUUGGCGCUUGACACGUCCAUGGACCUGCUGUGGACACAUUCGCCAUUUAGCCUCCUGGAAAAGUUCCUGACCUGCUGAACGUUCGGCAGCCCCUCUUGACAGUCUUUCUCUGGACAUCGUUGACAGCAAACACAGGUCACACCUGCACAUAGCAAAACAGAAAAGCACCUUUUGUUUCUGUUCCAUUUUUCUUGACUUUCACUUGAUAUGACUCAAUUUGCUCACAAGGGCCUAAUCAAAUCAAAGUUUUUGUUUGUUUGUUUUAGUUCGUCAUCUUAUCUAAACUGUAACAAAUUACCUCCUAAUCCUCUGAUGUUAGAGCCAAAGUUCUAAAACUCCAAUCUUCAUUCCACAGCCUCUAACACAGACAGGCACAGGAACACCGAUAUCCACAGCUUGGACGACGUGGAUUGACAACCUUUCGUUUGACUGUCAUCAUAUAUACUGUUUUGUUUUUUGCUGUUAUUUUUGUUUUUUGAAUAUGGCUUGUUUCUGACCGCACACUGACUAAUAUAUGUGCAAAUAUACAUAUGAACACUGAAAUCUGAGUGCAACUUUAACCUUUUAGAUCAGAUGAUCUCCAACUUUCCUACUAGUUACUACUAAUGUGGCAAAGCUGCCUUCCUUGAGGCCUGCCUACCAAGACAGAAUAUCCACCUUGGUUGGGAUGGGUUUACUCCCCUUUGUACUGACUGGCUGAUUUCCAACAUGGAUGACCUGGGUUUGGAUGCAGACUGCUGCAUGAGGAACUCAGUGAAACCACGCUUCAACACUGGAAAUACAUCCAUAGGAUGUCAAUCUCUCUGGGAUUUAUGACUACUGAAUUCCUGCCAAUGGAAACUUGCAAAGCUUUCGCAAUACUCUAAAUAGAAGGAUCCCUUGCACUGAUGCUGACAAACACACUUUCUCUCUCUUUGCGUGUGAUGCCACAUACAAGACACAAAGGUCAGGGAACAUCAUCUAACACUGGAGAAUCUUACAGACACACACAAACAUGUACACACAAACACACAUUUAAUGUUUAACCUUUGGAAAUCUCUUUUUUGUAGCUACACUGGAUGACUUUCUUAUCUAAGGUUACACACACGCAUAUAUUCACUUUUUUCCUAUUUAAUACUUCCUUCCUCACUGGUUUUCAUACUGUUUUUUAUAGGCUCCUCUUUCCUAAGUCAUACUGCACAGAACUGAAACUGUGAUUGCACCAGCUUCUUAACAGACUUCACUUUCUGCUCUUUAUGUUGUUCUCUAUGCGGGAGGGACCUACCACACUACAUGGGCUGAUGUGAGUGGAUGACAAGGAGGCAUCCUUGCUUUAUGUUGGCCAAUUUUAGAGGGUCAGGAUAUGCUCGCCAGUCAACUGUGAGGCUGAGACCCAAAACAGAUAAGGAGAUAUUCUGACAAGGUUUCAGAUAAAGGAAAACCUUUCAGUUAUGUAAUUAACUGGGUCACAACUUAAAAAGACAAAGUGAAAUUUGGUCGCUGAUGCUAAAUCAGGUCAGAAUUGCUGGAAACACCACAGUUUAUUUCACUCUCUAGGCUGCUCAAAAAACUCCCAUCACCUUUGCUCUCCUGGCUGUUGUACUUGUGAACUUGGUACAACUUCAUACCACUGGAGCUGUAUGUGAAUCUGAAUGUAGCUUCAUUUUACAUCGUGUAUUUCUCUCCGUUGUCCGUUUUUCUACUAGCCCCUAUUUUGUUUGGGGCAAGACAAAUCAUGGAGCUUACUGUUUUCUAAAGUCACCCGUGCUCUGAAAAAUUAAGCUUAAACUGCUGCGCACUGUGUGAGGCCUUGCAAGGCACCACUUGUUUUCUUAAUGAGGGGUUGUGUUGCAGUCCUAAAAGGCUUUUGUCAGUGAUUCAGUGAGACAAGUUACAGGAGGCAGAGUGUUCCCUUCAGCAACAGAGAGGGGGAGUUUCUCAGCAAAAUAUAUUCUGGAUGAUGCAAGGUUUCUCCUGUCCUAGCCACACGGGUAUCAAUGACAUAUUUGAGGGUCAGUCUAGGUCAUAUGCUUUCUAUCUCAUUUAGAAUGUGACAAUUGAUUCUUGACACUGAUCCAGGGUCAGAUAUCAUUUCAGCCUCCUAAUGCUGUAGUCUAGGACUGGCAACAAAGUAACUUGAUCCCCUGGCUGCAGUAAAAGGUUUUCGCACCAAAAAAACAGGGACUGGCUAAAGGUCAUUAUAGGAGCAGAGAAUGAUAAUGUAUGCUCAUGUUGUCUCUGCCUAUACUGCAGUCAUAGCGCCUUUAGUUUGUGGUCACUUUCAUUCCUUGGAGUGAUCACUAAUCUAAGAGUGAUUGGACUGGCAUAAAGAUGGCAAUAUAUGUCGUAUAUUGCCAUAAUGUAUUUUGGGUGAUAGAGAUGGGUAACGGUCUCAAAAGCCAACAAAGCUAGACAGAGCCUUGAAAAUGUACUCAAAAGGUUUCCUGGCAAUAAAAAAAUCUCUCUACAUGUUUAAAGCAACAAUGCUGAGUCAUCUUCAUAGAGGUUGUUGCCGUAACAGUUGCCCAAAGAGUUUGUCUGUGUAUCAUUGCUUUACGACAUGAACGGGGAAAACCACACUUCAACCAGUGAAAACUGUUAAUGCUCUUUAAUGGUCUAUGACCUAGGUACAUUUAAACUGAUUGUUACUUUAAGGUAUACUAUUAGACAUGGUGUGAAGAUUUUAUGUUGUUUAACUAAUGGACUACGUGUUCAAAAACAUGGUGUCCUCUUCGGUUGAUAUCAUUCAGUCCCCCUAUUCCACAGAGUAAUGUGUAAAUAGCAUUUGCUUUGCCUGUUCCUUUAAGUAUGACAUGGUGAGAGUGAGUAUUGAACCUCUGGAUGCAUUGCACUCUUGCAUUGUUUUAUCAAAAGUAAUGACAUCAAACCCAGAGGCCAUCAUAUUGACACACUUAGUCUUGCUCUUUCUUUGUUUUUCCCCCAGACUAAUGUUUUUCUACUCUCUGAUUACAAAUCUUGGCCAUUCAUGUGAUCACUCACUUCAAAAGAAAAAAAAAUCACACUGUUCUCCUUCCUUUUGUUACUGUCUGUCUCGUUUUGCUGUUCACAGUGUGAAAAUCGUUCCACCUUUUCAUUUUUAAUGAAUAAAACUGUGUGUUUGCGCUGA